AUGGGCUUGCGAUUAGCAUUCAGAGGAACUUGUGAAAUGACACAGCUGUACUGUAAAAACACCAUCCCACAGACUUUGCUACCAGAGGAACACAGCAGCCAGCCCUUAUAGACCUGAGAGCAGAAUUGUCCAAGCCAUGGAGCGAGAACCAAUGCGCAUAAGGGAGGGCUACUUGGUUAAGAAGGGCAGCAUGUUUAAAACCUGGAAGCCAAUGUGGGUUGUGCUCUUAGAAGAUGGAGUUGAAUUCUAUAAGCGGAAGGCUGAUAACAGUCCCAAAGGGAUGAUCCCACUAAAAGGAAGCUCUAUUCACAGCCCAUGCCAAGAUUUUGGCAAAAGAAUGUUUGUCUUCAAGCUCACUGUGGCCAAGCAGCAGGACCACUUUUUUCAAGCUGCCUACCUGGAGGAAAGAGAUGCUUGGGUGCGGGAUAUCAAGAAAGCAAUUCAUCGCAUAGAUGGAGGCCAAAGUGCUUUGUACCUCUCAAUGAAAGAUCCUGAAAAGGGAAUAAAGGAGUUGAAGCUGGAAAAAGAUAAGAGAGUGUUCAAUCACUGCUUUACAGGCACCUGUGUGAUUGACUGGCUGGUGUCCAGCAGCUCUGUCCGAAAUCGCAAAGAAGGUCUCCUGCUUGCCUCUUCCCUCUUGAGUGAAGGCUACCUACAGCCUGCUGGGGAUACGUCCAAGGCAGCUGCCGAGGGAUUGUCAGACACCCCAUUCCUAGACCUCAGUGAUGCCUACUAUUACUUUCCAGACAGUGGAUUUUUCUGUGAGGGGUAUUCCAGUGAUGAUGAUGUGGUCCUAAAAGAAGAAUUCAGAGGCACAAUUGUUAAACAAGGAUGUUUGCUGAAACAGGGACAUCGGAGGAAGAACUGGAAAGUGAGAAAGUUCGUUUUAAGAGAUGAUCCUGCAUAUCUUCACUAUUAUGAUCCUGCUGGAGGGGAAGAACCACUGGGAGCAAUUCACUUGAGAGGUUGUGUGGUGACAGCAGUGGAAGAUAUGCCAGACACCAAGAAGUAUGAUGUUGACAACAUCCUCUUUGAAAUCAUCACAGCAAAUGAAAUCCACUAUUACUUGCAAGCAGCCUCAUCCACAGAGCGUACAGAGUGGAUCAAAGCAAUCCAGUCAGUUGCUAGGACUGGUAAAUGAAGAUGCUCUUCCAACAAGAAGACAUACUUAAAUUAAAUUAGUUACUCAAAACAGAAUUUAGCAUUUCACCAAGAGAAAGCAGUAAAAUCCCAAAGGGCUUGCAUGUUGGGGUUGAAGACUGAGUAGAAGUUUCAACUCUAUAGUGAGCACUAACAAACUAACAUUUUUCCACUUGUAUUAUGGUAAUAUUUUACUAUAUUAUAACACAGAACAUGCCAUAUUAGUGUGUUGCUUAGAGUAAUCAGUCGACCUUGAGAAGGUUGUCCCUACUGCCACAGCUGAUAGUGGAAAUCUCACCAUUAACAGGGUACAGAGUCAUGCCACUGACAGAGAGGACCUCAGUUAAUCACCCUCUUCAGCCUGUGAUGUUUCAGGAUUUGCAUGUAUUUCAGUCUUCUCUAGACAAUGUUUAUACCUUCUUCUUUACCUGAUCUUCUUGCUGCUUGUUCACAUAUACAAAUAAUGCCAUAGAUAUAAGGAAAAGAAGUCAACUCAUUUGAAAACCUGAUCCACUCCUUUAUAAUCUGUCAGCAAUAAAGGAGGGAAGAAUGCAGAGAACUAUGGAAACACUAAGUGGAACCAAGUAUAACUCCAUGACAGCAGUAUAAGGAAAAGUCUCUUCCCACAGUAUUUCAAACACAAAGCAAUCUCACUUCAAACUCCAUAUAACUCAAUUUUAAACCUUGCCAAAUUUCUCCACAAGAUUCUGCACUGGGACCAUUGUUUCCCUUUAUUUAGGUCUACAAAGCAGAUGCUGAGUUGUCAGGUACUGUACUCUAUUUGAAUUAAGAAUCUUGCAGGAGAAAGGAAAGGAUGCAUGGGUUGAUUACUUGAACUAUUGAUUGAAGUGGUUUCAAUUUUUUAACUUCCAGCAACAUCCUCAAUCCUAGAUUCUGUGGCUUAAUAAUAUAAGAGAAACCUUGUGCUGGUAACUGAAAUAAAUGUUUUCAUUUGAUAGGGUCAGUUCCCCUGAUUAAUUCUUGUAUUUUUGUCUGACUGUAUAUCAAACAAACUUCUACGUCUUAAACUCUCAGGAGGAGUUGAAAAUCAAGUUAAUGUCAGAUUAUGCAUGUAGGCUUUUCCUGGUACAGACUGAUGUUUUAGUGAACUUUAAAACUCUGUUCAUAGAUCUAAUAAGGUACCUUAUCCUUAAGAAUUCUUAUUGGUAUCUAUUCCAUCUAAAAAUAAAUGCGGAGCUAAAGCUUCUCUUCAGUUGUACUUAAUUAUACUUGCAGCUGAGCUAAUGAGCCUGAACCCCUGUUGCCUUGCAUUACUUAUCCCAAAUAAAACAACCUUGACGGAGCAGCAGGCUGAGACACUGCACCAUCAUGUCCACUUAAGUUGGACAGCAGAAAUCAGCUCCUGGCAGGCAUUUCCUGUCUCUCAUGCAAGCUCAUCGGAUCAUUGAAGUCUGAUGUGUCAUUCUGAGGAAGGAAGACUCACGGUAAAAAGACCCACUGUUUGUUCAGCCUGCUUUCUUGAUAAUUGCUGCUUGUUGCUUCUUAUUUUUGCGUUCAGAACUCACUAACCCAAAAAUACCCAAGGGCACAGGAAAAGAGAAAAAAACUACCCCACACAACCAAACAACAGAAACUUACCAGCUUACCAAAUUUAAUAAAACUAAAAUGUUUUACCAGUCCAUGACCUUAUAAUUUUAGCUUGUGCCCAGCCCAAGGUAUGGCUGGCCACCUAUAAAUGGUGUUUUCUCAGGCAGAGGAUGAGAGUGCAUUUAUGGAAGAGCUCUUUAUGUUUGUGCCAUCCUAUACUGACGGGGUCUGUAAUCUCAGGAAGUGUUUCAGAAGACACAUUUCAAGGGUUUGUAGGUGCCUCUGCUUCUUGGCAGCAGUGAUAAGAUCUUGUCAAAGGGAAUUCAUUAUUAAAAGCAACUACAUGUCUGUCAGAGACGAUGAGGCCAGCCCAGUAACUCAGAAGGCAUGGAAGACGCACAGAUCCUGAAUACUGGCACAAAGAAGAAGUGCAAGGAACUACUAAACAAAAGGGAGAAAACAGAAGACCUACAAGUGCCAUGCUUCCUCUUUCACCCUCUAACUAUUUAAAUCACACUUCUACUACACCCUCAGCAAUUACUACAUUAACAUCAGUUCUUUUUUACUUGUAAAAAGGAAACAAAAUAAACAAACCAUUGUGGAUAAUUUAUGUGGACUGAAUUUAUAAUCAUCAGUUAUUUAAAUACCUGUAUAAUCUCAUUUAAACAUCUUCUUAAGUUCACAUUUGUCUUGCCACAAGUUGCACUGAGCAAUUUUCCUUCCCCUGGAACACUGCCUAUGUACUUACUACAGUCAGAGUCAGAUUUUUGGGAAUGUUGACUAGCCAUGCACCCAUAAAAACACCCACAUAGACACAGCACUCCUACUUCCAUUUUAAAAUGAAGUUUAAAAGAAAAUGCUAUGAAGUAAACCACAAACACAGAUACUGAAAAAAUAGUAACCCCAGCACAACAAGCUUUCAGCUACAGGUGUUAGUACUUCUUAUAAUCCAACAAGUACAUAUGAAGGUAGUUUGGACUUAAAAUGUCUCUAGCAUUUUUUUCAAAGAGCUGUUUACUUUCCCUGCCCCACAACUUUCUUCUGAAGGGUAAGGUGAUAUAACUGUUGCUACAUGUAGUUAUUUUGGUGCUUUUCCUUGCAGUGUGCUGUCUUUGCUUUUUAUUUGAAAGAAUAGUCAACAGAAAGUGUGAAAGGUCUACUGAAAAUGUAUUUUGGUAACAGAACAGUUUACUUAGUAAUAUUUAAUCAAAGUUUGUUCAUAAAGGCAAAAAACUGAUUAAGGCCUCUGAGGUAUUGAAAAUUUACUGUCAAAUCUCUCUUCUAGAAAAUUUUUUAUUUUCAUUUCUUCUCGCAAUAUUACAUAUAAUUCUUCAAUGCAGUAGUACCUCUUCUGUCUUUGCUUAGAGUUCACCUUACUACAAAUAUUAAACACCUAUUUUUACCCCCUAAUUUGUUCUCAAAUAUUUAAGAAGUUAUUUUAAGUUUAGACUAUUUGCUCCACAGGGCUUUUGAUUAGUGCUUUUCACUAUUUGAAGUGUUCCUCCAUUUGUUCUGAGUUCAUGUUUGGGCAGCACUGAAAUCCAGAAAAAAUUUCUUUAAAUAAUCUUUUUGGUAGAGGCCAGAAACAUUUAAGUAGGGUGAGAGUUUUUUGGGGAGGGCAGUUGAGUGGGAAUGAGUUAGGUUUUUUGGCUGUAUUUUUUCAGUUUGUGACUUUUAAAACUGCAGUAGACUAAAGGACGAACUUGAAAAAGCACAAUGAAUAGGUAUGAGUCCUCUGCAGGUUGUUGGUAUUUCUGUGAGUGCCUUCAGUUUGUGUUUUGAAAAGUGCACAUGUUUUUUGUCUGUGAAUUGUGAUCUUCUCAUUGUUGUAUAUUUUCUUAUGCUGAAGGUGAACCCUCACUGAAAACAAAGUUCUUCUUUUGUUGUUACUCAUUAGACUUCUUGAAAUAGAACUGCUUAGUUGGCUUCAAAAUAAGGUUGGGGGGGCGAGGGGGGGGUUGAUUAGAACAUAGCACUUCCUGCUUUGCAUUUAGAACCAAAACUGUGGCUUUCCAUACUUUGCUUCUCGUUCUUGUAGAUGGAUUUUUUUUUUUUUCCUUCCAGUGUGGUAAAAGGGAGAUUAAGACUAUAUGAAAAGUGGGCAAAAUGUUGCUUUUCAUGUUUCUUUUGCCUUUCAUGUUACAUCUAAUGGGCUACAGUAAAACUUUUCACUUUCCUGAA